AUGGCUUCUUCUUCAAUGGGCUGGUCCGAACUUCUACCUGAACUAAUGGAACUCAUCCUAGAUCGACUCACCUCUCUCUCCGACCAUCUUCGUUUUGCUUCUGUAUGCUCCUCAUGGCGAUCAUCAGUAGUUAGUAAUCGCUGUCCCCGUCGUCAUCGUCUACUUCCGUUUCUGAUGCUUCCCCCUGCUGACAAAGAAAAAGACAACAACACUACUAAAAUCCGACCUUUCUUUAAUCUUUCAAGUCGCAAGAAGAUUGAUAAACUUCACAUCCCAGAGAUUCAGAAUAAGUGGUGUUGUGGAUCUUCUCAAGGCUGGCUAUUAACAGUGGAUGCAUUCAAAUGCCCCCCAAGGAUUCAGCUAUUCAAUCCAGUAACUAGAGAUAGUAUCCAGCUUCCUUCCGUUUCCAAAUUCACCUUUCAACCACGAAAAUAUCCGCCGCCUCAACAACCGAGCAGUGUGCAUUACAUCCACAAGGCAGUUCUAUCUUCGGAUCCUUAUUCUACAGACUCCUCCUACAUUGUUGUAGUCAUUGUGACUAAUCAGAGAUGGUUGGCUUAUUGGAAACCAGGAGCUGAUAGGUGGAGUACCAUAGAUGAUGAACAAUGGGUUUGUUUUGAAGAUAUUAUAUUCUACAAGGGACUACUCUAUGCCGUUAGCAAUCACGGACAUGUUGUAACUUAUGACUUCACUUCUUCUUCUGAAAAAACAAACUCAAUCCCAAUUCCAAUCCCAAUCGGGAAGGAAAUCAGUGGUUGGGAACGGAGAAUAUGCGACAUGUCUUAUUUGGUGGAAUCAUUAGGGGAACUAUUCCUUGUUUUAAGGCAUUACAAGUGGCGUUACGAGGACGACGAAGAAGUUGAUAUUGACAACAGCGAAGAUGCCGAUUAUUACAAAGAUAUCGUCGUCCAUCCACCAUUCAAAUCCAAAACUAUCAAGUUUUGGGUUCGCAAAUUGGAUGAUGAGGAGAACAAGCCAGCAAAGUGGAUCCCAAUUCAAAGCAUUGGGGAUGAUCGUAUUUUGUUUUUGGGAAAUAACAGCUCAAUUUCAGUCUCUGCCCAAGAAUUUGAAUUUCCAGAAUGCUGCUGCAAGGGGAACUCCAUCUAUUUUAAUGAUGACCACGAUUAUGGACCCUUUGAAGCACCACAGAACGGUUACCAUGACAUGGGGGUUUUCAACUUCGAGACUCGCCGUGUAGAAUCAUUUCUUGAUGAUCAGUCAUCGUCCCCUCCUCCUAUUCUGCGUACUCCUACCUUUUGGUUUACUCCUGGACCUAUUGGAAGUGCAUCCAUCAACUUCAUAUGUAAAUUGUUUAAUGUUGAUUAA